AUGGUCAACUUAGGAUCUACUUGCGGCCAGAUGCUGCUCUGUAGUCGGUGUGGUCUCGAAGGACGACUGUCGCGUCUCGAGGAGGCUAGGAUUAAGAUUUAUUGUCUUGAUUUAUUGAUCCUUUUUCUGCUCUACUCGUGUUGCUCGGCUUUUUGUUUUGCCGAUCCGAGUCCCUCUCUAACUCUCUAUCUCUCGUCUCCCAACUUCACAUGCUCUAACUUCUAUCUUCGCGCCCAAAAUCUUGCAAAAAUAUCAUUAAUGAACUUGGCUUGGUCUUUGAUCCCUCCAUGUGCGAUACCAUGUCUGCCUACAUCUCUAGGGACAUGCUGGGUGACAGCCUCAGCAGAGACUGUAAUUUCCGUACCCUCGCCGCUGAACCAAUCACUUUGGCCUGGGUCCACGCACAAUGAGACUGGAUUGGAUCGGCCUGGAAUUGAGGAUGUGCCGGAUGAGAGUAUAGGAGCUCGAGCCGCCGAGGCGGCACGGUAUUACGGCAAAGAGAGGGGACAUGACGUGGUCUCUGCCAAUGAGGUGCUAACAGAUUCAUGUAGGAGUGGGGGUGACUUCAUGCGUAAAUGUCAUACGGAGAUAUUGGAGUGUAUUAGACACGGAUUUAAGGAAGAGCUGGAUCGGGUGGCGGCGGAGAUUCAUGCGUGCCGGAACAACUACGACUUUGAGUUGGACGAAGCCGGCCAUUCCCUGGGUAUCGUGGAAAACCUUAACGAAGCGUGUCUAGUCCAAUUUCCUGCAAGGCCCUCAAUCACGAGGCGCAGCUUCCAGGCACGCCUCGCUUGGUAUCCGGAAGGAUCGCAGGAUGAAUUUAUGCGGACCAUGGCCACGGAGAAAGAGCAGCAAAAAAUCAUAUGUGCAGGCUACAUUGAGAGGGAUACGUUGAUGAGACAAAUACAGUCUAGCGAGGAUCAAUACAAGAGCUCAGGACUGCGUGCUGACACGUCCUAUCAACAAAUCUGCGGCCAGCGUGGCCAACAGUCCGUAUAUGGGUCAGAGAGGUCAUAUUUUGGGAGAUUUCCCUCCUGUUUUCAGACCCUAUUAGCCAUCGCGUUGGGAGCUUUGUUUGAGAGUCGUCCCAACAAGCUAGAGACAGAGGGCGAUAAGGAGGAGGAGGGGACUUCAUCUAGGCUAAAAAGCUUCUCCCGGAACAAUUUUGACCCGGACCGACGAAACUUCUCGCGAAAAGUACAAAAGUAUAAGGAUUUUGAGAAGUUACUGUUAUUUACUGGCAGAAAAAAGCUCAAACGUAACGUACUACGUACUGUUGGCCACGCUGUCUGCGGCUGCGCUGCCAACAUCAUCUACGCCAUCCCCAACACCGCUCUAAUCUUCUCAGACCCCAGGUAUCCGCAGCGCCCAUCCCGCACCCGCCCCUCUCUAGCCUCCAAAAUCGUCGCUCUAAAGGUAUCCUGCAAACCCGACCGCAGCGACCUGAUCCGCUGCGAAAACUACCACCUCAAGUAUCUCGCUAAGAAGCAAGACAUAUUUCCCAUCGGAUACAAGCACACGGUCGCGCGCCUCGAUUACUCUGGAGACGAAAUCCCACAACCGUAUAUCGUGCUGCCGGCCUACCUAGGCAGCACGAAUCUCAUCCAAGCCCAGAAAUGCUUCGCCGCCGCUGACAUCGCGCCACCAGAAGCCUUCAUCUGGCACGCAUUCCACCAACUACACUCCGCGAUAACGUUUCUCGAAGGCGCAAAGAUGAUGCACCAUGACAUCUGGGGUGAGAACAUCCUGCUAGAUCAUAGCUCGCAAGCCGUACCCGGCUUCCCAGAUCUCGUGCUGAUAGAUUUCGGACUCGCGAAUGCAGUGGAUCACAAGCCGGAGGGAGAAGUAGUGUACGGGCAUUUGCAGGCUGUGUGUCGGGCGCUGGAGAAGUUUCGGGGAACGGCGAAGAUUUGUCAUGCGGAGAAGGUGGGACGGGUGGGGUGGACGGCACCCAAGUGUAGGAAUUGCGAGCAUUCGCUUUGUUGGAUUUCGUUUAUGAGGGUGGUGAAUGAGCAGGGGGUUUGGGCGGGGUGGGAUCGCGAGGAGGGAAGAAAGGGGGAGGAUAAGAGGGCGAAGGGAGCGGGGGAGAUUGAGGCUUGGGCGAGGCUUGCGAAGAGGAAUUCGAGGGUUGCGAGGGAGGAGAGUGGGAGGAUUGUUAGGGAGGUGUUGGGGGUUUGGAUGCAGGAGAAGGAAGAUGAGGCGGUGGAGAAGGCGGUGGGGGUGUUGAAGGGAAAAGGUUGGGUGUUGAAGGAGGAUUGA